GAAUACAGCCACACCCAAGUCUGUACCUCCCUGUUGGCACAGUUGAGUCGUAUUUAAAAAGUGUAAGAGGACACCAGAGAGGGGCAGAGAAGGAAUACUCUGUCCACAAAUACGCACGAGCGAAACAAGGAAUAGAUCAGACUGAUUUACAUUUAACUUUCGCCGCCAACAUGAAGUGUUUUAGGAAUGUUCUGCUUCUUCUUCUGGUCGUCGCUGGAAGUUUAGCACAGGACGGGUUUGACUUGUUUGAUGCUCUUGAUCCUGACCCAGUCACACCAAAACCCAAAGAGAAGCCCAAGGUUCCAGACAGUCCAAAAAACGAUGGUGGACUGGAUCUUCUGGAUGCAUUUGGAGAUGAUUUACCGACAAAGAAGCCAAGUUCUGGGGAUGAUGGUGGCUUCGGAUUUGAUCUGGGGGAUGCACUAGGUCCAGAUCUCGAUCCCAAACCUGACAAACCUGCUGUGAACCCACCACCAAGCGGAGGAGGUGGUGGAGGUUUUGACGACUCUGACUUAUUCGAUGUCAGUAUGGGGGACCACAAGCCUGAUGGAGGCAGAUCAGGAGGUCGUGCAGUGGAUCCAGGCCAUGAUCAGGGUGGUGCUGAUCAACAAAAAGAGCCUGGACAAAUCGCAGGAAUCGUCAGUGCCAUAGGAAUGGCUCUGCUUGGAGCUGCAGGCAGUUACUUUGCCUACCAGAAGAAAAAGCUCUGCUUCAAACUACAGGGAGGAACAGAUCCAGAGAGUGGUAAAACUGAUCAGGGCACUCACUCUGAUCCCCAAGUUCUCAGUAACCUCCUCAGGAACAGCUAGAUGUUAAGCUCUAAGGCAAAAGAGGAGAAGAACAAGAAGAAGAGAAUCACGAGAGAAGAGGAGACAUAAUCUACAUGUUUUUAUAUCUUGAUGUUUUUAAACCACAAUGCAACAGAAAUAAGACAACCUUAACCUGACAGCACAGAAAGUUACCUGUCAUUUACUUUCCGUUCACAUGUACAAACAGUUGAGACGUGAUUUUGCACAAAGGUAAAUGUCUCUAUGCCUUUAUCAGAAAGUGAGCAAUGUUAAUUAAAAUGAGCAAUAUAGGUGUGUGUGUGUGUGUACACUAAAUGUAGUUCCUACAAGGCUGGGGUUUGCCUGUCUGUGUCUGUCUGCAUUGUAUUUUUGUGCUGUUGUUGUUUUCCAUGUGGCCGACCCCACUUAGUAUGGACAAGAAGGAUUGAACAAAUCUUUAAACGUAUUUGUUGCAAUUGUUUUUUGUUCUAUUUCUCAUUAGGUUUUUUUUUUUUUUUUUUUGCUUAAGCUCAUGUCAAAGCACUCACACAUCUUUUCAAACUAAACGCCUUACUCCCUUAUAUAAAGUGUUCUUCAUGUACUGUCUCAAGUGUUCAUGUGUACAUGAUGUAAAAUAUUCGCUCUUUAUUUGAUGGGUAAGUCCAGGUACUUUUGAAAGUGUCAGCACUGAUUUCACUGUAGGAGCCACAAGUCACAGAAUUGAAGAAAAAAAAACAACAGAAUAAAAGUCAAGCCAACUACAUCAUUACAACCUCAGGAAUGCUUCCACCAUUUAUGAUUCUCCGUCUUUGUCCGACUAUCUGAAGUUUAGAUCCUUGUCUAAACCCAUUUAUUUUUUCACAUUCACAUUUCACAGUCAGUUGAAAAAAUUAAUGAUUUAUCCUUGUAAACAGGAAUUCCUGGUUUAUGUCUGUCUCCCAUCUAUACGUUUUCCAGACUAUACUGCAUUGACACAAACUGACCACAUGAUGCAGCGAUAGACUCCUUUGGCCCCACAACCUCAAAAUGCAGAUUUCUAUCCAUGGACUUAUUGCAGUAAGAGAUAAGAAAAUGUCUCCAUUCAGUGGCCAACUUGUACAAAAGCAUUUCAAAAGCCUGAACUUUUCCCAUUUUCAGAAAUUGCAUAAUUAGGCUAAUAUUUUGAGGCGAAAAGUUGUUGUGAUCUUAGAGGGAGAAUUGUUUUGCGAGCUGUAAAUAUUCUAGGUCAAUGGUGUGAUGUUUUUGUCAUCCUUAAACUGCUGCCUUCUGCUUUGAGCAUUUCAGUAUCAUCAACAUAGAGUGUUAAGUGAUUAGUGGGAAUUUUCUGUGUUCGCAGCCUUUGGCUUUUGUAUCGUAGUAUUGUUAACCAGGUCUGUGUCCAAUGAUCAGGUGAAUGUUCUUGUAUUUUCAUUGUUUGAGUGAAUCAGAAGUGUCUGCACGUGUUUUCAAUAAAAGUAUUGUACAGUC